GUUGGAGGUGAUGUCUUUUAAAAUUAUAUUACAAGCAAUUAGUAUUUCCACAUUUCUUUCAUUGCUGUCAAUGAUCAGAAUUCUAAAUGUCAGUGGAAAUGAAACUUUUCCAAUUAAUGUAAAAUAUUACAACACUAAUGAUUUAGAAAUAUUAUUUAAAGAAAUUGAACAUAAAUUUAGUGGACUUGCAAAAUUGCAUACCAUAGGUUACUCAAUACAAGGAAGAAAACUUUUAGCAUUACAAAUUAGUAAGAAUGUUGGUAGAAGGGAACUCCUUAAACCUAUGUUUAAAUAUAUUGGUAAUAUGCAUGGUGAUGAAACUGUUGGAAGACAACUAAUUAUCUAUUUAGCUGAAUAUCUACUUUCAAAUUAUAAUUCAGACCCGAGAGUUACUAAAUUAGUGGACACUAUAGAUAUAUAUUUGAUGCCUUCAAUGAAUCCAGAUGGAUUUGAAAUGGCCUCGGAGGGCAGAUGUUCUUCAUUAAAUAAUUAUGUGGGAAGAAAUAAUGCAUAUGGACAAGAUUUGAAUCGUGAUUUUCCAGACCAGUUCAUUGAUAAAGACAACUUCAGUUUCAGAGCACGACAGAAAGAGACAAGAUGUAUUAUGAAAUGGAUUCUAUCCAAUCCAUUUGUAUUAUCUGCAAAUCUGCAUGGUGGUGCUGUAGUAGGAAGCUAUCCUUAUGACGAUUCUGAUUCCGGGAGAGAUUGUUGUAGAGACAGUGUUUCACCUGAUCAUAACUUAGUGAAACAUUUAGCAUCUGUAUAUGCUCAAGCAAAUCCUAUCAUGAAAGGUGGAGAGGCCUGUAGGCCAGAUAAAUUUAUAGGUGGAAUAACCAAUGGUGCAAAUUGGUAUGAAUUAAAAGGUGGGAUGCAAGACUUUAACUAUGUGUAUUCCAAUUGUAUAGAAAUUACAUUUGAGCUAUCGUGUUGUAAAUAUCCUAUAGCUAGCACAUUGCCAUUACACUGGAAUCAUAAUAAGGAUUCAUUACUAAAAUUCAUGGAACAGGUACAUAAUGGGGUGAAGGGAAUAGUGAGAGAUGACGAGCAUAAUUUGAUUGCUGGAGCUUCUGUAAAAAUAUAUGGCAAAGUAAUUAAAACUAGUAAAAGAGGAGAAUAUUGGAAGUUAUUAUUACCUGGAAAUUACUCAAUACAAGUAACUGCAAAAGGAUAUGUAUCAAGUUUGAAUAAUCUCGUAACUAUACAAGAGAAUAUGACAACAAUUUUUAACAUCACAUUAAAAGAAGAUAAAAGGACAUAUCUGAAACCCAAUGUUAUUAAUUACCAAUACCAGGAUGAUUUUUUGAUACAAACUAAAUAUCAACAUCACAAUAAUGAAAAUUUAGAGAUUUUCUUAAGAAAUAUUGUGAAAAAUUAUCCAAGUAUUACUUUAAUGAAAAGCAUAGGUCAAAGUGUCAAAGGUCAUUAUUUGUGGGUUUUAGAAAUUUCUGCAAAUCCUGGAGAGCAUAUCACAGGAAAGCCAUCAAUUAAGUAUGUUGGAAACAUGCAUGGCAAUGAAGUUGUGGGGCGUGAAAUAUUGCUACUAUUUGCAAAAUUUCUUUGCGAGAAUUAUUUAAUUGAUGAACAGGUAACGAGAAUUGUAAACACAACAAGAAUUCAUUUACUACCUAGUAUGAAUCCUGAUGGAUAUGAUAUGGCUAAACCAGAGGAAAUUAACAAUGUAGUAGGAAGAAAUAAUGCUCAUAAUAUUGAUUUGAAUCGCAAUUUUCCAGAUCAAUAUAGAUCUUUGUUAAAUGUUAAACCAGAGCCAGAAACAGAAGCGGUUAUGGCAUGGACACUUUCAGAACGUUUCGUUUUGUCAGCAAAUCUGCAUAAUGGUGCGCUUGUCGCCAAUUAUCCUUUUGAUGAAAAUCCUUCUAACAUUAUACUGCAAAAAGUAGCCAACCCUAGCCCUGAUGAUGAUGUGUUUCAACAUCUUGCUAGAAUUUAUAGUAAUGCUCAUAGAAAAAUGCAUUUGGGCCAGCCCUGUGCUGAACAUCCAAAAGAACAUUUUUUAAAUGGAAUUACAAAUGGUGCUGCUUGGUAUUCAGUCUCGGGAAGUAUGCAAGAUUGGAACUAUGUUGAGGCUGAUUGCUUUGAAAUAACAUUGGAAUUAGGUUGUGUGAAGUAUCCAGGAGCUGAAGCACUUCCUGAAUUAUGGUUGGACAAUAAGAUGGCUUUAUUGGAUUAUAUAGAACUGGCUCACAUUGGAGUUCGAGGCUUUGUCCACAGUUCCAUAGGUAAUCCUAUAUCAUCGGCAGAAGUGCUUGUUAAAGGAAGAAAACACAUAACAAAAACUGGUUCUAAAGGAGAAUAUCAUAGAUUGCUGUUACCUGGUUCAUAUAAUAUCACAGUGUCAAGUUAUGGAUAUGAAUCUCAAACUGUGCAGAUUAUUGUUCCUGAUGUGAAACCAUACUCAGUCGGAUACAACUUUACACUCAUGCGUGAUGACCCUCAGCAUUGGUCAUCUGCAUAUGAUUUCAGGCUCAUCCAGCACGUCGUAAAUACUCGCUAUCGGACUACUAAUGAGAUUGCCAACUACAUGGCAUAUUUAGGAAAUAAGUACCCAAAUAUCGCUGAGUUUCGAACAGAGUAUGACGACACGUCUAUGUUGUUACAUUCUCUAAAAAUUACUGAUCAGAUUGGCUCUUCUGAAGAAAAAAAAUUUCACUUACUCUUUCUGGGUGGCUUCUUUGGAUCAGAGGGUGUCGGAAGCGAAAUGGUACUCAAUACUGCAGAACAUUUAAUGGCUGCAUUUGAAAUUGGAGAGCAUAAACAUAUACAAAUUUUGAGAAAUGCUGUUGUGCAUGUCAUACCAGUUUUGGAUGAUAAUUUCGAUUCAAUAAUUCAAAAUUAUCGACUUCAUGAAGAUGUCUGUAAUCCAGAAAGCUUCAAGCAAGAAUUUGGUGAGAGAAUGAUUGCCUCAAAUGCGGAUAAACUUGUUACUGCUUUCAAAAAAUUAUUAUGGUUCGGUAGAUAUGACUUUAUCCUGAAUUUUGGCAGUGGAGGUUGUGGAUUGAGCUAUCCGAGGGUAAAUGAUUCAGGAUUUAUAUAUGACAAAUUAUUAAACAAUAUGCACAAUCUCAUAAACUCCACGACAUCUCAUGAAACCUGUUGUAAUAAUCAAGGCAAUCAAAAUCAUGCUGAAAUUACAGAAAGAUUAACAAAUCUCAUGUAUAACGAAUACAAUGUACCAAUUGUUACUGUAAGAAAUAGUUGCUGCAAGAUGCCCAGGCAAGAGCAACUUGCAAAUGUGUGGAGAAAUUCUCUAAAACCACUCAUGUCAUUUCUGGAAUUAAUAGAGACUGGUAUUCAAGGUGCAAUUCUUGGCAACACCAUGAAUCCACUGCGUCAUGCUGUUGUUACUUUAAAACAAUUCAACAGGACAUUCAAUGUUACUAGAAAUUUAGCUUAUUACAAGAUUAUGUUGCCUGUCGGUGCAUAUAACGUGACAUUCUCUGCUAAUGGUUUUGUUAAUAAAAAACUUCUACUUAAAGUCAAGAAAGGGAAAUUAUUAUACACAGAUAUUGUUUUAGAGAGUAUAGAUACUGCUAGACAUUCUGAAGUAACUUUGGAAUUAGUGCAAGAAAAUAGCAGGAGUAUAGAUGUCAAUGUUACUGAUAACAUUUCUGGUAAGAUAAUUGUUUUAUAUUUUGUAUGUUUCAUUACAUUAUUUUUAUUGUCUAUAACCAUAUUUCCCAAGUUUGCUAAAUUUUAAUAAUCUUACGAUUGCUUACUAAAUAUUUCGAGACUUUCAGUACAUAAAUUAAUUUUAAACAUCGACUUUAUUAUAUAGUUCUUGGAAAAUUUAUAAUUUGCUAUAUACAAUAAUCAAGAAAAUGAGAAC